UAAGUCCUCCUAAUCACGUUGAAUGCUUCGACAUUUGCUGAGUACGACAGACAAGGAGGUAGGCUCGCAGUCGGCAUCCAGGGUACAAAGGUGACUGCAAAGCUAACCCAUAAAUGACCGUCGAUCUGUUCGCCAACCAUCGGGAUACGUACGUACAAUUCCUGAACGGCCGCUUCAGGGGCAAGGAUGGUGUACGCCGUCUCUACAUUGAGCGCUUUUCCAAGACUUUCGUGCAGGGGCGAAAUGGUCCGGUUCAUGGCUUCCUGCUCGAUCACCUUCAGGCGCAAGAUGUAGUCGACUACUACUCCAACACUAGCCCGCCGAUGGCCAAAGGACGGUUUCGUGCACUGAUGAGUGCCGGAACGCAUGAAAGCAUGGACCAGAAAACGUUGCCACGAGGUCUGCGCCAGUGGUGGGAGGGCGGUCUAUACGAGAACGAGUACAUCAAGGAGGAUGGUGUCUGGAAGAUCUUCCGCCUGCGAUACUAUCCUUUCUGGCACGGAACCUUUGACAAGGGCUGGCAAUACACGCCGCCAGACUACGUCCCACCCUUCGCGAAGACGCUUGCUGACGGCGAUCCACUUGGUCCUGACGAGUUCGUGCAGAAUGACGAGCGUCUGUGGCCUGAUACGCGGGCGGUGCCAUUCCAUUAUGCGCAUCCAGUGACGGGUAAGAUGGUCGAAGAAGCAGACCUUCGUGCGCCAUUGUUGGGAACCGACCCCAAAGAGGCCAAGCCGGCCAGGUUGAUCGUGGACAGCUUUGCGUAGAGGUGCAUGGCAAGUCAACGCACAUAGCCAGUCUAAAGCUCAUCGCGUCCCGCUAGAUACUCGAAGGCUCGAUCUGGCAUGGCGCUCUGUGGUGC